UACCUUAAAAACACCAAAGAAAAGCUCACAAAAUCAUACAAAACUACUUCAUUUUCCUCACCCUAAAAUCACACCUCAAAUCCAACAUUCCAACAACUUUUGGCAGACAAAAUCAUAUUUAUGUCUACUAUGUCAUCAGUUCGCCGGCUUAAGGAACGCGGCGGCGGCGGCGGCGGAGCGAAGAUCACUGCCACCGCCGCCACCACCACAUUGAAACACCCAAAAUCCCUCACCCCACAAUCUGAAAAACCUCUUUUCAGCCGUGGCUGCGGCAGUAAAGAGAGUCUCAAGAGGCCCGCCGGAAAGGAGAACUCAAGGCCUACAUCUAGGGGCCGGGCGGCGAUGGUGCAAUCCCAGAAGCCAAUCAUGAAAGCCAUGCCUAGGAUGGAUAAAAUAUCUGCCGCAAAUGGAGUGGGUAAUGGCUUUCAUGGGUUUGCCAAUAACGGGGUUGAAGGACGUCCUCGAUGGUCGACUUCAUCGGUGCCGGUGCAGGUGUCGGUGCAGAGAGGUAGGAGUUCUAGCCCUUCCGAGUUUAAUAGAGGUUUAUUGAGUUCUGGGAAAUCUAGGAAUUCGUCUGUGGAGAAAAAAAGAGGGAGCUUUAAGUGUUUGAAUGAGAAAGUGGGUGAAAACAGUGAGCUUCUGGAGGGGGGUGCAGAGAAUUUAAUAAAAAGUGGUGAAGUUUAUGAUGAAAAAGAGGUUAAUUUGAGCUCAAACUCGGUAAAAUUCAAGUUGGAUGAUUCUGAUGAAAAGCUGAAUUUGAUUAGGAACGUGAAAAUUGAGAAUAUUAAGGAUGAAAAGGUGGAAUCUUGUUUGGGAAAUGGUGUUGAAUUUAGUCAAAAAGAAUCAAAAUCUUCGAGUUUGAUGAAGCAUGAAGAAAGAGAUGGUGGUGAAUUGAGUUUGAUGAUUCCUAAAGAAAGAGAUGGCGGUGAAUUGAGGGGCUCCAUAAUGGGGAAUAAAGCAGCUGGAUUGUCUGGGACAUUGAAGGAAAAAGACGUUAGUGAAAUUAAUUCCAAGGAAUCAAAAACUAAGGAGUCAAAAAUAAUGAACAGAUCGGGUGGUGUUUUGAAGAUUAAAGAUGGAAAUGGAAAUGGGGUCAGUGGUUCAAGUGCCAAUGUUAAGUAUCCAAGUAAACUUCAUGAAAAGCUUGCUUUUUUGGAAGGGAAGGUGAGGAGGAUUGCCUCAGAUAUCAAGAGAACAAAGGAGAUGCUGGAUUUGAACAAUCCCGAUAAUUCAAGGAUGAUUUUGUCUGAUAUCCAGGAAAAGAUUACAGGGAUUGAGAAGGCAAUGGGUAGUGUUGGCAACAACGAUGAUGAUCUGAAGGCUAAUGUGGUAGCAAGUUCUGAGAUUGAUGUUGAGAAAGUUAAAGCAUCGGAGAAGAUGCAAGUGAACAAAGUGGAUGAAGGAAAGAGUUUGGUUAAGGCGUUGAAUGCAAAUGAAUUAGAAGCAAGAUUGUUUCCACAUCAUAAGUUACUUAGAGAUAGGACAUCGCAGAAAUCAGCCUCUGAAAGUGCUGAAAGUCACAAGAUUGAAGUUGUAGUGACAGAUGGUGAAUUGAAAGUAGAGAAGUCAAUAAGUCCUGUUGAUGAGAAUCCUAUUGCUAUGGAGUUCUUGGCUUCCCUCAGUCAGGGGAGGUGUGAGGAUACAAUAAGAGUUGGGACUUUUGGUCCGGAGAUUAGUGAAGUCCAAGAGACGGAUGGAGCUGUAACUUCCAGAGAGAAUAAUCGUCUCUCAGACUCUCUGAAUGGAAAAGGUUCAUUUGAUCUUACACUGCUAGCAGAUGAAAAGCUUGAAGAGUUUGACGACCAAGAAAACAUGUCGCGAAUGAUUAUUGAAGAAGAGACAGAAGAUAGUUCUUUGUAUGAGUUGAAUCAAAUUGGACAGAAGAUGACAACAGGAGGUUGGUUUGUGUCAGAGGGAGAAUCAGUUCUUCUUGCUCAUGAUGAUGGUUCGUGUUCCUUCUAUGACAUAAUUAAUAGUGAGGGAAAGGCUACUUACAAGCCCCCUCAUGGAGUUUCUCCAAAUAUGUGGAGAGAUUGUUGGUUAAUCCGUGCUCCUAGUGCAGAUGGUUGUUCUGGACGAUAUGUUGUUGCUGCAUCUGCUGGGAAUUCAGUGGUCUCAGGUUUUUGCUCGUGGGAUUUUUAUACCAAAGAAGUACGUGCUUUUCAUGCUGAAACUGGACUUUCUACUGCUAGAACAGCCCUUGCUCCCCUUCCUAAUAACACAAUUUUCAGAAGAAAUGUGUUGUCAACAAGUAUUGCUCCAGAGAACCAACAGUGGUGGUAUAGACCCUGUGGACCGCUUAUUGUUUCUGCAGCUAGUUCUCAGAGGAUGGUACGAGUUUAUGACGUUCGUGAUGGAGAGCACAUAAUGAAAUGGGAGCUGCAGAAACCUGUGCUGGGAAUGGAUUACUCUAGCCCUUUGCAGUGGAGAAAUAGAGGAAAGGUAGUCAUUGCUGAAUCAGAAGCUAUUUCCCUUUGGGAUGUCAGCUCCCUUCAUCCUCAAGCAUUGUCAUCUAUUUCGUCUUCCAACCGGAAAAUUGAUGCUCUUCACGUGAACAAUACGGAUGCUGAAUUGGGCGGAGGAGUUCGACAGAGAGUGAGCUCCUCUGAGGCUGAAGGCAAUGAUGGUGUUUUCUGCACCUCAGAUUUCAUCAAUGUAUUAGAUUUUCGCCAACCAUCUGGAAUAGGCCUUAAGAUUCCUAAAGUUGGUGUUGAUGUGCAGUCAACUUUCUCACGUGGUGAUUCUGUAUUUAUGGGCUGCACUAAUUUAAGGUCAGCAGGAAGAAAGCAGCAUUGCUCUCAAAUCCAACAAUUUUCCUUGCGCAAACAGAGGCUUUAUAGCACCUAUGUUGUACCAGAAUCAAAUGCUCACUCCCAUUUCACAGCUAUUACUCAAGUUUGGGGAAAUUCUGAACUCGUCAUAGGAGUUAACGGACAAGGCCUCUUUGUAUUUGAUGCCCUGAAAGAUGAUGUAUUGCAGUCACUUGAUACUGAUUCUGGUAAAGACAUGUGGAAUGUCAGAGAGGUGAUUGGACCAGAUGACUUGUAUUCGCCUUCUUUUGACUACCUAGCUUCUCGUGUUCUCCUUGUAUCUAGAGAUCGCCCGGCUCUUUGGAGGUAUUUAUCAUAGCCAUCAUAGUUCCUCCAGAGACUUAUCCUUUUACUCAAAAAGGAGGAUACCCGAUUGUACCCCUUACAGGUUAUAUGCCUGCUUUGUAAUCUACUACUAGAAUAUUGCUGUUUAAGUUUUGUGUUAGUUUCUGUGAGAUAAUGUUGUACUAUAAUGUUACUGCAACUCGGUAGCAUAUAAAUUAUUCUGAAAAUUUAUAGAGGCUUGUUCAAAUUGU